AUGUCUGUUCUCAGCGUCUCUGCCUCGGGAAGCCAUGAUUUCUCUAAAUCGACUGUACCGAAUAUCACCCUAGUUGAAAAUGUGGGAGUCAAGGGUGAUGCACACUCCGGUGCACACGUACAGCAUCUUUCUAGGCUUCAUAUCAAUCCCCCACCACAGAACCUGCGUCAGGUCCAUCUUAUGCCAUAUGAGGUGCUCAAAGCUGUCAGUGUCAACCCUGGUCAGCUUGGUGAAAACAUUACUACGGAGGGAAUAGACCUUCUAGCUCUCAGCAAGGGGACAAAGCUCCGUUUCGUGGACCAGAAAUCACCGACUGUGGAUUGUCCGGUGGUUACAGUGACUGGGCUGAGAAAUCCGUGUCCGCAAAUUGACAAGUUCAGAAGUGGAUUGAAGGAGCAUUUCAUUGUCCGAGACGCUAACCGAACUAUUAUUGAACGCAAGGCUGGAAUAAUGGGAGUCGUGGAGGCUGGCGGUGACAUUCGACCUGGAAUGACAAUUGUCGUGGAGCAACCAGCGGUUUUCGAGCGGAUGGAAUGUGUUUAA